AUGGCUCAGAGUCGCACUGGAGUUUACGCCGCUGUUGCCGCCCUCGGUCUGGGUGGUUACUACCUCUACCGCGCCGGUGGUGACCCCAAGGGUGCUACGCAGGAGGUUAAGCACGAUGCCCACCUCGCCCGCUUGAACGCCCCCACGGGUAACCAGGCCGAGAAGGCCGGAGAGAAGGCCGCUUAUGAGGCUCGCUUGAACGUUGAUCAGGCGGUCGACUCCGCCCGCGCCGAGGCCAAGAACCAGGCCAGCCGCCUGGACCAGAUCCGCCAGGACACCACCGCAGAGCUGAAGUCGGGCGCCGAGAAGAUCGAGUCCAAGGUCGAGGAGAAGGCCUCCGAGGCCAAGGGUGCCCUGUCGGGAUGGUUCGGCAAGAAAUAG